CUCUCCGCAUUUCACCCGAGCGAGACGUCCCGCGAAGUACUUUCCUUCGGUAUUCCCGAAGUGCCGCGUCACUUCCAGCUUCCAAGAAACGUUUGUACGUCACCGUUGAAAGGUACGAGCUUACUUGCCACGGAAAUCUCGAAUAAUCGCGGAUGACUUCCGGUCAAUGGGCCAAUCGAUCCAGUGACGGUGCGACGUGACGCACGGGCCUAUAGCACGCGGCGUGUGCCAUAAAUUUCCUCGCCCACCUCGUCAUCGUCGCGUUCGUGUCGCCGCCGCGGCGCGGUGACGCGUUCGUUUCGUACGACCAAUUUCCCCGUUGCCAACUUUCUUCGCGAACGGCCGAAGCGCGUGGCCGCUCCUCGCUCGCCUUCGUUCCGCCGGAUAGUCGCAGCCGCGCGAUCAAAGUCCCGAUCGAUCGGCCGCGUCGCGAGCAGCAGCGCGUCUUUCUCUCACUUCGAAACUCGUUUCGGGAGUUUUCUCCCACAACGGCCGACCUAACCCGCCUUCUUCGCGCGCAUCAUCUCGCGAUCGAUGAUCGAGAGGACGUUCGCGGCAAAGGUCGCGGUUGCGCGAGUGAUUGAUCGCCCGAAGCGAUCGCGCGUCACACCGGUGAGACACCUGCCGGCUUGCGACAGUUUCGUCGAGUGCUACCUUGCGGUUUUUUCGAAGGCCGACGAAGAGCCAAGAGAAUUGCCCGCUUUGCGAGAAGAGGAAGCGGAGCACGCCGUGGGACGAAGGUAGAAACAGAAUUGCGAGCUGUGAAGUUAUUAGCCAAGAGAGGAAGACAAAAGUGAAAGAGGAAGGUCCUAUUGGCGGGCGCUUAGGAUGAUGUCGAGCUACUGAGCGGAUUUCGCGAAUGGAGUGAAUUGGAGGGCGCCCCACCUGCGGGAGGCGAGGCUCGCGGUGCACAAUUCUCGAUUCUCGAAGGGGCACACAUGCUCGCCUUCGUUUCCCCUUCGGCUCCGUAAGACAUCGGGACCUCCUUCACCGUGGUCCUCAAACGAGCCUCGCACUUCGCCAGGUACACAACUCACGCAUUCGCUCGCUCGUACGCGCUCGCCGCGCCGGCAUUCACUAAAUUGGAACACGUGGACCAAACGAAGGAGACACAAUGCAAGUGUCGUGCGCGUUCUGUGGACUGUUUUUGGCUAUCGCCAUUGUCAAUUGCAGUCCUAUCGCCAAGAGAGAAACCAAGGAAGACGACCUCAGUCCGCUAAACGAAGUUCUCGUCGUCGAAGCAUCUGAUGAUGCGGCGGCCGAUGACGAAAGAGGGGACAGAGACAAGAGAAAGAUUGGCAUUGGGCUUGGAGUCUCGAACGGCAUCAUUAACUUUGUGUUUGACAAAGUGGACUCCUUCAUAGACUCGAAAACGAAAGCGAUCGCAGUUCUCGACGAAUCCAACAAAGCGAAAAAUGCUGUUUUCGGAAUCGACCCGAAACAUUCGGCUACGUCAGAGUUCCUUAACCACUUAGUGUCUCAGAAGAUUCAAGCUGCGACUGGUAGCAUUGGACCCAUCAUAAACAGCGCGACGACAUUCUUGUCGGGUGCCACGGCCGGCAUCUCGAAGGCUUUGGUCGGAAAACUUGCACCGCUCAGCUCACUUUCUGGCGGUCUUUCCGGGGGUGCGGGUGGCGCAGGACACACAGAUGGAGCUAACGGAGGCUCCGGGUCGGCCAUUAUCGGCAAUCUUUUGACUCAGAAAAUCGGCUCUUUGUCAAGCCUGAGCCAAAGUAGCGGCGGUUUAGGCAGUUUGAGCGGCGGUUUGAGCGGCGGUCUUAGCGGCGGCAGCAAUGGUGGCACGGGCAGUAACGGCGGCAGCAACGGCGGCGGUGCGGGCGCCGGGAUCAAUCUCGGAGCUUUCGCCAAUCUAGGAGGGAAGAGGUAUAUUAGUACUACCACGGAGGAUACGGUAAUAUUUGACAGAAAUAAGGUGUCUUUGGAUAUACCGUCAAGCGCAUUCGGCACUGGCUUCGGUUUAAUAACUAAUGUCAGCAAGGUUCUCAACAGCGUAAUUCUAAAUUCAGCGCAACGAACGCAAACAUUACUGGAAAUUUUCAAGCCUUUCUUCCGCGGCACGUUUGCCAUAAAGGGUUUACCAUCGGAUAACCCCAAGUAAAGGGUUGCGUUUUUGUUUCGUAUUCGCACUACUACGAAAUAAUUGCUCAAUGAUCGCCGUUUCUUAUUGGGAAACGUCCCGCAAGUUUUGCUCAUACGUUUUCUAGAUCGACAGAUAUUGAUCACAGCUUAUGAAGGCUGUUCAAAAGUUCCGUUGAUCAGAGAACAUCUUAGAUUUGAGAUUUAGAUAAGAUAAGAUUGUGUAACGUUUGCGGAGAUUUCUUCGCUGUCAUUAGAUAAUUAUAACUUAUAACGCCAUAUUUUUGCCUCAUGUUUUAUCCAUUAUUAUUGCACUGUGUUACUUCUGUUACUUCUUCCUUUUAAUUUUAUAAAUGACUCGAAAAUUGGCGUUAUAAGUCAAAUGUACGCUUUUAAUGAUUAAAAGCGUAUGUUAUUUUAUAAAAUAGAUGUUUAUAAAUAUGUACUUAUAAAAAUUAAAUGUGUAGAUAAAAUGUGUUUAUUUAAGAACAAUUUAGUCAAAUUUUAAUUAAUUAUGGUGUGCGAGGUAAUUAGGAAAGAGCGACAAUCAAAUUAAUUUACAUCUCGUAAAACUAGUUUUAUUUUAUUUUAAACAAAUAUUUAAAAAAAUCUUUAAACUUUAUUUUUAUUUAUUAGUUUAUAAUUUAAUAUAUAUUGCCAUAAUAAUGCAUAUAAAUGAACAAUUACGUAGUGUGUUUUAUGCAGACUUCUUAUUUUAUUAUUUAGAAAUAAUUGUGCAAUAAGAUAGAUACGUCUUAUUUAUUAAUAUUAAUUUAUCACGCAAGAAGCAGAUUGCAUAAAAAUUUUGCAUCGACAAUAUGUAUUGCAUAGUAUUAACACUUAAUGAUUUAUUAUCUGGAUAACAAGCCUUAUAUUAUACUCGUAUGAUCAAGCGGUUAGAGUGUCGCAUCUAGUGACAUCGAGAACUCGACCAUGUAACAUUUUGCCGUUCACAUAACGAGGACACCUGAAGCAGAUGUAACGCUCUUUGCGAAAUCUGUGCACUCCUCGUAUUCAAGCAAUAAGAAUAAUAUUUUUUCGAAGAAAUAAAAGAUUUAUUGAUCCUAUUUCUAAAUCCAAUAAAGGUGUUAAUCAAAGUUUUAUACUGGAGUUUUAUAACUGAAAGAUUAAUUACUCGUAAGUAUAAUAAAAUCGUAAAUAAAAGAAA